AUGAACCGUCUGCGCCGCCUCUUCUUGCCAGUGAUGAUGCGCGUCAUCCUACGGUUUAGGAGACGCUCGCGCUGGAAAGACGGGCAGCCGCCUCGGCAGUACACUCCGGAGUCGGUGGUUGCCGCCAUCAUGAGCACCAAGUUGCUUCUUGCGGACUGCCCGCAACGAAUGGUGGAGAGCCUGGCAGCCGGUGCCACGUUCAUGUCGCUCACACCAAAGGAAAUCAUUGUGUACGCCAACGAGUCGCACGUGUCGUGUGGCAUUGUGGUGCUGCUCUAUGGCCAGUUGGAAGAGCGGCGCCCCGAGCCGGGUGGUAAAAAGUCAAAAGCGGGCGGCGGCGGCGGCUCCACGCGUCCCAUUUGCACGCAGCCGCACAGACUGCACAAGGCCAUGAGCGUACUCUGUUUGAUGCCUGUCAUGUGCGAGGAUCGCGCCACGUCGUUCCUCGCUACUCGCGAGAGCGAGGAGGCUGAUGUCGCGAUAAUCUCCUCACGCUGGUUCUGGGAGGUGACGUACAGCAUGGUACAGGCGUCGCUGACCACCGCCGACGUGAUGGGGCGUACGCUGCGCGAGGUUGUCCUGCCCCAUCGCCGCGACCUGCUACUGGCCGAUUACUUUCCCACCUCCGUGGUGCUUCUCCGCUCGUGGAUGUGGUCCAUGCUGACGGCGAGCGACCGCGUCAAGUUGAGUCGUUCCAUGGAGGUGCGCGUUCUCUCCGUCGGCGAUGUCCUCUUCGAUGAGGGCGACUACUGCCCAUACAUCUAUGUCGUGCGUCGCGGUGCCCUCGCUGCGAUCGUGAAGGGCGAGACGCUGACGGUGCUCGAGGCUGGCGCCGCUGUGGGGGAGGAAAGCGUCCUGUUUCACGACAGGCGCAACUGCAGAGUCGUCGCGGUCACCGUGUGCGAGCUCUAUGCUCUGCACGCGCACCACCUUCUGCGCCGCUUCCUCAAGUACCCUGAAAGUGCCCGCCGCAUCAUUCCGGCUGCCAUAGAGCGGCAGUUGUGGUGGAUGGAGGAGGGCCGAACGCGCGACGUGUUCGGGCUUGUGUCCAUUUUGAGCGGUGUACCAUGCCUGGGACACACGACGGACGCCAUGCGGGAGGAGAUUGCGCGGUGCGCCUCGGUGCUGAUCCUCCCGCAAGGUCACACGGUGGUCUCCACAAACACACCCUGCACCUUUUUCUGUGUUAUCGGCCGCGGCUUCGUGACGCUGAUAAGCUCGAUGAAGACCGCCGCCGUCGCGGAGACGCCAUCGAGCGCGAACGGCAUUGACCGCAGAAGCGAGUCGCAGCCGGUUAGGCGACGCUUCUCGGCGGUGAAACCGAUGGGCAUCCCUGCGACCGAGAUGCGGCGGGAGUCUCGCAGCGCCGGAGACUUCUUUGGCGAGCUAUGCUUGAAGCCGCACCUGUGGCCCUAUGACGUGGUGUGCGACUCCACAGUCAGCCUCUGGCAGUUUGAUCGGGAGGCGGUACUCAGGGUGCUGGAGAGGAACCGCGCCGAUGCGCAGGCUUUAGAGGUGUGCCGGCAAGGCAUCGUCCUCUACCGUACCCAACGCGGCGAAACUAGCAUCAUCGACGGAUUUGAACCUCCCGCCACCCCCAACGCAUCAGCGAAUGGAUGGCGCUCGUGCGUUGGCGGUCAGCGCAGCCGUGCGCAGUCAACGGACUUUGCGACAGCGCCUCCAGGAGCGCGCAGCAGCAGCGCUGGCAGUCGCUCAGGUAGGCGUCUCUCUUUGUCGCAUGCUGCUGCACCAGAGUGGUUUUCAAGGGGGUCGCCCUCGGAAGGCCCCACCCCGCGCGGAGGCAGGCGCGCGGGUGUGGACUGGACACCUGAGCAGUGGACCACGUACGCCAUGACGCGGCUGCAGGAUGGGCUGCGCGCUGAGGACGCGAAAGAGACCCCGCCCGCGCCCUCCCGCGAGCUGCGUGGCGUCGACAAGGAGGUGGAGAAGACCAUGAACGAAAAGGUGCUCCAGCUUGUUGCCGUGCAGCCGGAGACGCCACCGAACCCGGCUGACUGCGACAUCAGCGGCGACUCGAGUGAGCUGCAGUCAAUCAUUGUGGGGCAGCUCUUCCUAAUUGUGACGGAGAAGCAGUCGAGGUUCCUGCGACAGGUGAACGACAGCAACGUCCGUCUCAUCACUGAGGACGAGGAUACGCAGCUCGUGGGGGUGCUGAACGACAGCCUCGACGAUAUGAGCGGCAUGGAUGCCCUGCACAACUCCGAGGCGCUGGUCGAGGUAACCGAGGUGAUGCAGCUGGAGAACAUCAGCGCGUCGCCGCUGGAAGGCAGUCAUUUUCUGCCGCAGCGCGCGAUGCCGUCGUUGUCCGCGCAUGAUUCCACUGAUGUUACGGAUUAUAUUAAUCUGCACCGCGUCGACGAUGUCCUCACCGUCGAGGCCAGCGGUGGCGCGUUGGCGGGGUGGCCCAUGCCGAACGCAUCAAUCGGUCGCACUCGUCGUUCCACCAGCGUCGGCGCGCUCGGCGAGGCCAGCGGCGUCAUGGGGGCAUCAUUGAAUCCGCGCACCUCCCUCAGUCGCAGCCACUUUGUGCGUCCGUCAUCUGCGGUGCCGCCGUCGCCGCGCUGCGCCAGCGGACGCGAUGACUUGGUGUCACCGGGGGCUAUCGGUGCCAUGCGCCCCGCGAGUUCUAGCGAGCCUCGGGUGAUGCCACCCGCGCGUACGCGCCCCACGAGCGUGGACUUUAACCAGCUCAACAACAAGCUCAGCGUCGAUCGCUCCGCCUCGAUGCUGGACCGCUACGUCAAGAUUGAGGAUCAAAACUACUUCGACAACUUCGUCAAAGUGCUUCCGCUGCAGCGGGACGAGAUGUGGGCACCGGAUGGCGUGAACACGGACAGCGAAAUGGGCACCGGCUCUAUGGUGCUCCUGCUUCUCCACGUGUGCAGGUGCGACUACUUGUCUGCCGAAGUGAUGCAGCGGUGCGCGCGGCCCAUUGUGAAAGUGACGCUGGGGGAGCGUGUCCUGGUACGUACCUCCGUCAUGGGAAACUGCACGGCACCGCGCUGGCCGAUCGAGCACUCGUCGUUCAUUAGCUUCGUGCGGCGCGGCACCAACAUCGUCUUCUCCGUCUGCGACGCGGAUGACGAGAGUCGCAUUGUGUAUCAGGCCUCCUUCUCGACGGCGAGUAUACACGAGAACGGCGGGGUGGAGCAGAGAGCCAUGUCGCUGUCGGAGCUAUCGGUAGCAGGCUCCCCCGUCAACGCGGAGAUGGACGCCGAUGCGAAGAGCGCCGAGUCGGGUGCCAGGAUCCAGAGGGGCGCAAAGAGACCGCGCAUGACAAUGACCAUGCUAGCGGUGACAGCUAGCAAGUACAAGGCGCUUCGACAGUACCUCGAAACGAGAGAGAAAGUGGCCGAAGACCUGCCGGGGACGCCGGAGAACACGAAGUUGUUUCUGCAGGUGAUGUCGGUGGAAGGCCUCAAGCACCGCAUUGAGGCCGCUGUCACCGCUUUCCUCUACAACGGCGCGGCAAGCACGACAGUGUUGAAAACCGAGCGUGUGAUUCCAAAGACACGCAGCCCCGCCUGGCCCGGGGAGACGAGUUUCGUCAUCAUCUCCGGCGAGGGCGGUAUCUUGUCGUUUGACCUGCAGCAUAGGGAUGCCGUCAUCGGCACCACCGAGAUAACGAUAGACGAGCUUAUUUUUGGCGGAGUAGGGCUGAGGCGGUUGCCACUUCUUCAGGCGCAGACGGGCAGGCUCGUGAUCGGCCACCUCGUUGUGGGCGUCCUGGGCGCGAGGCUGGGGGAUAGCGUCGAGAGCCGCAACCGCGACUGGGUGACGCACCUCGCCGUGGAGAAGCUCUCGCUAGCGAGGGAGGGUUUCUCCAUCAACCCCGAUCCAUUCAUAGUGCUCCGUAGUGGCACUGGGGCAGAGCUGAUGCGCACACCGCUCGCCUUCAGCGCCUUUGAGGCCUCAUGGUCGAUGUCCGAGGCCAGCUGCCUGCUGCAAUGCCCGCGUCUCUGCGGUAGCACGGUGUCGUACCAGCUGGAAGUGUGCGACAGCGACGCGAAGGAGGUCAUUGGCCGCGCGACAAUCCUGCUGAGCGAUCGCGGCCUUGGCCCGGACCAUGUGCAUAAUCUCUCUCUCGAUCCGCCCGGGCGCGGUGUAGUGCGCCUGCGCAGUCUUUGCCUCCCUGUCUUAGAGCUCCCGGCGCGCAGUGCAGCUGGCAAGGCCUCGGCGGCCGCGGCUCUCUGCCCACCGUUCUCCUCUCAGCUGCACCUCUCAGAGCCCGCGACACUUCUGUUGCUGCACAUGAGCGGGUGCGCCGGUCUGCCUGGCGGCGCGACGGUGGAGCUUCAAAUAGACGCGAUCGGCACGCUUUCUAUUGAUGCGCAGCGGUACUUACGCACCGCUGUACAGGAAGCGACAACGGCUCUGCAGUGGCCCCUCUCAAAGGCGAGCGUGCUGCUGCGGAUCCCGUCACAGGGGGAUGUCGACGACCGGGCUGCAGAAGCGGUUGGUCUCCGCCAGUGGCAGUGCCAUCACCAGUGUCACUUCGCUGUCUACGACGGCGUCGUGGACGACGUGAGUCAAAUUGGCCAGGUCGCUGUCCCGCUUUCGCAACUGCUGAACACCGCGUUGCACACGUAUCCCCUCUUCCCGCGAUGCAUGGACGCAGACGGGGGAGGUUUAGACCAGCAGCCAUCCGUCGGCACAACAACGCGUCCACGCGUGGCGGCCGAGAGGACGUUGGGCAGCCUGCAGAUCUUCACGCUGCUCGGCUCCCUCGACCGCCAGGCGAGCGGGACGGCGGAGCAAGGGGCCGAUGCGCUGCUGACGUCGAUGCCCGCCGUCGGCGGCAAUGCACCGCCAGAUCAACUGCCGUACUACAAUCCGGAAAGCGCCGAUAUCGCCGCCGCGAGGCCGGCUUCCGCCCUCCCCACCACGGUGGUGCUGAGUGUCAGCAACAUCUGCGAUGUCCUGCCGAGCGCCUCAGAAAAGUAUGUCCAGCUCGUGGUGCGUCACGGCGCCACCGUUGUCUUGUCAGUGGAGCGGCAGAUGGGGGUGCUCAGCCACGCCGAGUGGAGUCCGACGGAGGCGUCGGCCGUGGUGUCCUGCGGGGCGCUCCCGGCGGAUGCGGCACUCGUCGUGGAGCUGGUGGCGAUGGAUGUGGUCGAAGGGGUGAACGGCGAGGAGGAGGACGGCAUCACCUCCUCAGCAGCCGGUGCAAAGGCGCAGUCGACCGCGAGGGAUAAGGCGCGGCAUCGCACUAUCACCAAUGGGAGCGCCUCUGUCGCCGACCUGCCACUCGGCCAUGCUGAAUUGCCUGUAUCAAGACUGUCUUCCGUCAAGGCGGGUGAGGUGCGGGUGGUGACACUGAUGCUGAGUCGUUCUCAGUGCUCGUCCUCCUUGCCAGACACGGCGGGGCGUCUUCCCAGGGUUGCGCCAUCGAUGCGUGCUCUAGAGGAUGCGCAGGUCGUCUGGCCGACCGUCUCAUUCUGCAUCUUUGGCAACCGCGCCUAG